UAUAUCAAGUUUCAGGAAUCCACACACACAAAAACAAAAACAAUGGUGCUAGCAGAGUUAGGAGGGAGCAUAAGGCAAGCAUUCCGGCAGAUGAGCAAUGCAACAGAAGUCGAUGAAAAUGUAAUGAAGGAUUGCCUAAUCGAUAUCACUCGUGCUCUCCUUCAAUCCGAUGUUGAACUCACACUCGUCGCCCACCUGCAAAACAACAUCAGAAACAUUGUCAAUCUUGAAAAACUCGCGGCCGGCCUCAACAAGCGGAAGAUCAUCGAGAAAGCUGUUUUCCACGAGCUCUGCCGGCUUUUAGAUGCCGGAAAGCCGUGUUUUAUUCCUGUCAAAAAGAAACAAAGUGUUGUGAUGUUUGUGGGAUUACAAGGAUCAGGAAAAACUACAACAUGUACUAAAUAUGCAUCUUAUUAUCAGAAUAAAGGCUUUCAACCUGCUUUAGUAUGUGCUGAUACAUUCAGAGCUGGCGCUUUUGAUCAACUCAAACAGAACGCUAACAAAGCCAACAUUCCGUUUUACGGAAGCUAUACGGAGUCCGAUCCUGUCACGGUUGCUGUUCAAGGACUUGAAUGUUUCAACAAACUGAACUACGAUCUUAUCGUUAUUGAUACUAGCGGUCGUCAUAGACAGGAAGCUGCUCUUUUCGAAGAAAUGCGACAGCUUUAUAAGGCCACGAAGCCUGAUCUUGUCGUUUUCGUUAUGGAUGGCAGUAUUGGUAAAGCCGCAUUCAGUCAAGCUCAAGCCUUCAAGCAGAGUGUUGCCGUUGGCGCUGUCAUCGUCACUAAACUCGACGGUCACGCGAAAGGAGGCGGGGCAUUAAGUGCAGUUGCCGCGACAAAAAGCCCUGUUAUUUUUAUCGGAACAGGAGAGCAUAUCAAUGAUUUUAAACAAUUUGAUGCUAAUUCUUUUGUUGGUCGCCUUAUAGGGUUACAAGGUCAUGAUUUGAGAGAAUUAAAGGAAAAAGUUGACGAGAUGGUUCCUGAGGAAAAACAGGUGGAUCUUGCUGAAAGAUUAAUGAGCGGAAACCUGACACUGAGGAGCAUGUAUGAUAUGUACCACAACAUGUUUCAAACCCGAAACUUAUCAUCAUUGGGCGACGAGUUAAGGAAGAUGAAGCAUUACAUGAUAAUUAUGGAUUCGAUGACGGAUAAAGAGUUGGAUAAUAGUGAUCCGAAACUUUUAAAUGAGUCGCGGAUAAUGAGGAUUGCAAGGGGUUCUGGCAGUAAAAUUCAACAUGUAAAGGAGUUGAUGGAAAAGCAUAAACAAUUGAGUAAAAUGAAAGGGAUUAAGAAUCCACAACAAUUGAUCAAACGGGUUCCUCCACAGAUUCUGCAGCAAAUUGGUGGCAUAGCUGCUCUGCAAAAUUUUCGAUUCUAAUUUAGGAAUUCUGUAAAGGUAGAAGUUUUAUGCUAUAGUU